AUGGAGCCCUCAAAGGAUGCAAUUGCAGUGCGUGUAACACGGUUAAAUCGUCAAAUAACUGGAAGGGUGACUGGUGGUAUUAAUAAGUUAAGUAAAAAGAUAGAUAGAGAAGCUUUGUUGGAUGCUCUCACUGUCUUAUAUGAUGAAUGCAAUGAAGAUCCCGUCAAAAAAUCUGAUGAACUUGUUCGUGUAUUUGUUGAUAAAUACCGAAGUGCUUUGGCUGAGUUGCGGAGUGCUCGAGUUUGUUUAUCUGAUUUUGAAGUGUUACAAACCAUAGGAAGAGGACAUUUUGGAGAAGUACAUAUGGUACGCGAAAAACAAACUGGAGAUGUAUAUGCAUUAAAAAGUGUGCGCAAAGAACAAGCUCGUAAGAGAGUUUCAGGAGCAGCUGAUGAGAGGGACAUUUUGGCCACUUCGUCGGGCCAGUGGAUACCAAGGCUUCAAUAUGCCUUUCAGGAUAACAAUAAUCUAUUUUUGGUCAUGGAGUUAUGCAAUGGUGGUGACUUAGGUGGAUUUCUAUCUCGCUGUAGCCAUCCUCUAUCAGAAAGAGAUGCUUCUUUCUAUGUGGUUGAAAUAGCUCAUGCUCUCAAAGCCCUUCAUGGAAUGGGCUUUGUACAUCGGGAUGUCAAACCUGCUAACAUACUGAUAGAUAGGUGUGGACACAUAAAGCUGGGUGACUUCGGCUCGUGCGCACGUCUAUCAGAAGGUGGUUGUGUGGUAGGAGGCACGGCAGAUUACGUCGCUCCCGAGCUGCUAGCCGCCGCAGACUGUGCGUCGCACACUCACACUGUCUGUCUGCAGUAUUGCCACAUUACUACUGCGCUUUCGGCAUGUGAUUAUUGGUCAUUGGGUGUCGUGGCGUUUGAAUUGGUUACACUCAGGAGACCGUUUUCGUCUAGUGAUGAAGAUACGAUAGCUCAAGUCCUGAGUAAUAUACAAAGAUACGAACAGGAUGUAAAUAGAGAACCACCCUUCGACCCCCUACCAAGUUCGCCCUCUAUGACAUGGCGAGGUCUUGUGGCAGGAUUGCUUCGUGUGCAGCCAGCGCGACGUUUCAACUACCUCGAAACGCUGCGACAUCCUGCGCUUGGGCAUAUAGCGCUGCAUGCCGCAGCUAUACGGGAUCAGGCUCCUCCAUGGGUACCAAGUGUCCGUGGUCCGGAAGAUGCACGAUACCUGUCUUCACCGCCGCGCCAAGCAUCGCAGCCUACAACAACACCCUUCCGAACGAGGCCUCCAUUUGCUGGGCAAUUACCCUUUGUUGGUUAUUCAUACAUAUCACCCGAGGACAAUGAAGAAACCAUCAGCAGUUUCACGUCUUCACACGACAGCACCGCUAUCGACUUGGCUACAUUCAAGUCUGCUGAGAAGUUAGCUACGAUUCGAGCCAAGGAAAUUGCGUCGCUGCAAAGUAAACUGGCGACCGCGGAAUGCGCUGUCAGCGCCGCGGCAGAACGUGCUCGCCGUGAAGCCGAAGAUGAAGCGGAAAGGGUUCGGGCCAGGCUGCAAGCAGAUAUUACUGCGCUGUCCUUGCAAAAUAAGCGCCUGGAACGGCAGUUGGAAGUCGAAAGAGAAGAACGUAUGGCCUUAGAACGGACGAACCAAGAGUUGAAUUCGGGUGUGAAGGAACGAAGUAACGCAGAAAUACGUGCAGUCAAGGCGCAGGCUUCUGAACUGCAAAGCGAAAGAGAUAUACUCAAAGAGGACAUGGCUCGUCUCGAAGCGAAAGUACAGGAGUUGCAAAGCGAAUGCGCAAGCGCAGUCGCCGCAGCCGAUAAUGCGCGGUCUCAGCAUCGACAUUAUAAGGACACAAUAGCUAAGGAGAGAGCAUUGAGACGCCAAACGAUUAGUGGCAGUGACGUAGACAGCGCACGGCUCGUAGCGGCCGAAGCGAACGCUGCGCGUGAGCAACGGGCGAGGGUCGCGCUGGAGGAGCAAGUUGCGGAACUAAACAGCGACCUGCGUGAUGUACGCGGUGAAUUGGAACAUUUGAGGGACUGUUUGAUGCAGACUCAGAAUUCUGCCCGCGAAAAGGAUAGGAUUGUAGCGGCGACUAGUCAAGAACUGAAUGAUGUUCAAACGCAACUAGCACAGGAAAAACUCAGGGCUUCUUCAUUACAAGCGCAAGUUCACGAACUAGAACGUGGUAUAGCUACGGCGGCGCAAAGAGAAGCUAUUCUCGAAGAACAAGGCACUCGCACCGAAGCAAGAAUGCAGCAGAAGUUGGAGGCAGCCGAGGCAAGGGCUUCCAGUGCACUGCAAGACGACGCGAGGCAUAGAGAAAAGUUCAACGUGUUUGUCGCAACAUUAGAACAGCUAGUCCGUCAGCUGGAGCGAGAAGUGAGCGCAAUGGAGAACCGCGCAUGCGUCAAGUGCAUAGCCCACGACGCUGCUGCUGCUAACUCAAACGCUAACGACGCAUCCGCUAAUAACGCCGCAACGAAUACGUCAGACUGUGAUAUCCGAGUGGACGCUAGAAGCGACACUGAAAGCGUCGCUGAUUCCCACGUGAACGUACAAGUGACGCUCUUAAAGGAACAGUUGGAGCGAGCUGAAGCUCAACUUCAGGCGCGUGCUGAUGAAAUUGCGACUCUGCGCCAAGAAGCAAGAAGUGCCAAUCUCGCGAGGUGGCGAAAGGAAAAGGAAUGCAACGAUCUCAGCCUUGACGUAAAAGUUUCGUCGCGUGAUUUAAAACGAGCCGAAGAGCGAAUAUCGUCUUUAUCAGAAGGGCGUAAGGUCGCCGAGGCUAAAGCGUCGAAACUGGAGAAAGAAUUAGAAACAUUAAAACCUCAAUACGAGCAAGCGAGGAAGGAUAUGGAGCGGUACAAGGGGCAGCUAGAUAAACUGCAGAAGAACUACGAUGCUCUACAAGCCGAAGUGGACAGGUCCCGUAACGACAUACGCAAGCUCAAAAGUGAAGUGCAGUACAGCGAAAAGCGGCGUCUUCACGCGGAGGAACAAGAGGAGCUGUCAGCUCGCGAGCGUGCCCAACUUCGCGAUGAACUGUCACCGCUGCGUGCUCAGAACAACGAGCUGAUAAUGAACAACAAGGCUUUACAAGAGGCUUGCAGCCUGUUAGAGGAACAGCUGACCGAUCUGGAGAAACUUGCAGAUCUUCAUGAGUUGAAAAACAAAGACCUCGAGACUGAAGUGCAACGCAUGCGUUGUGAGUUGGAGACGUGUCGCAGUCGCGUGGCUGAAGCCGAGCGGCAGAAUGCUGAGAAAACGCUGACCAUCAGUCUCGCUUCGCAGCGCGAGGAUGAGGUUAGGGAUCAGCUAGAGCAGGCUAGAUCCCAAAUAGAGUUCCUCAAGGAGCGUCUAGAGAACCGUGAAAUACUGGUAGCGGAAUUGGAGUCUCGUGUGGCAGAAUUAGAGAGCGUCUGCGCGGGCCAUGAAGCGGCACUGACAUCGGCGGCUCGUCGUCUGCGUGAUUUGCAGGAGGAGAGCACUGCACUGCGCACGAGAGCACUCAACGAUCAUGCGCGGGCGCUGGCUGUUCAAGCCAAUCUUGACGCUGCCCAGGAGGAGGCAAACGCUGCAAGCGAGGCUCAUGAAGCAGCGGCCGCUUGGUGGCGAACCCGCGAGACCAAAGCAGAUGCGACCAUCCGACAGCAAGCUAAAUUAAUUGAUUUUCUUCAGGCUAAAGUGGAAGAAGGGGGACGUAAGAAGUGUUCGUUGAGCAACAAACUGUUUGGAAGGUCUGGACGACGUACAGCAGCAUCGCCACCGUUGCUAAGAAUUAAUAGGGAAUUACGUGAAGAAGUGGAAAGGUUGAGAGCCAAACUGUCAGCGGCUAAUAUAUCUGCUAAUUUCCCACCAACACCGCGGCGAGAAAGAACCGAAAGCAAACCAAAGAAAAUCGCAAACUUAGCUAUGAGUUUGGACAUGUCCGACAGUGCACCAGAAAAAGACUCUCUAUUGGUUAUCUGGAGUGACGGAACCCGAGAACGCAUGAGUGCUCAAUACAGCGAUGGUGCCCUAUUGUUAAAAAGUGGUCAAAGACAACUGAAAGCUCACUUGUAUAACGACACCGUAAACGAUUUGCCCCAUAACGAAUCCAACCGGGCCUUCACAGUGAGAAUAGAACCAUCUGUUUUGGGCAACAACACGGCAACUCUAGUCUGCUCGAGUAUUACUGAGAGAAACGAUUGGGUCUCGCGUCUAACGACUUCGGAGAGCCGACUGGGGUACGCACCUGCUGUUCUUAUUGAGACCGAGGAGCAGCCAAACACCGCGCUAUAUAUUGCACAUAAUGCCAUCGCUAUCGGUUACGCCGAUGGCCUACGCUCACUACGCGGCCCGGUGCGUAUAGAGUGGGACAGUACGGUGUCCCCACCACGCAACGAAACCCACCACGUGCGUGCGUUUGCGCAAUGCAAGGGACGCGCAUUAUUCCUUUGCGGCGACUGUGUGGUGCACGCAGGCUUACUAGCUCUUGGGUCAGCUCUUCGCCGAGCUAGCACACUUAAACCAUCUUUGCUUGUAAGACCUUUGCGCCUAGCCGAGCAGACAAAGCCGCAUUUGAUUCAAAUAUCGUCAUCUGACGCAAGCGACAUUUGCGUAGCGGUCGCGUGCGGCCGGCGAGUACUACUUCUUCGUUUCGAAGCGUCUGACGCCGAUUUCAGAACAAUGCGCUCACUCACCAUCGACCGACCUCCAGAUUCCAUACUUCUCACCCCAAAAGCGGUCUACAUAGCUGGCGAGAAACCGCUCCGAGUGAAUUUACCGUCCGGCGCUCUAGAAACUUUCGCUAUGGACGAUCUCACGGUAGCAGCCGCCGCUAAAAAGCACCUUCCGCCUAAAGCGAUACUUCUAAUUAAGGAAAAUCCCGUGGAAAUUCUCCUUUGUUACGCCGAGUGUGGAGUUUUCGUUGAUCAGAACGGAAAGCGGACACGCAACGAUGAGCCUAAAUGGAGCACCGCGGUCCACAGCUGGGAGUACGUUAAUCCAUUCUUAUACGCAGUCGGAGAAGACAGAAUCAGCAUAAUAUACCUUUGCGACGAAGCUUAUCGAGCGCCGCCGUGCACUUGCGACACUACAUCUAUUGCUUCGUCUGGUUCAUCUUGUUGUGCUCCGGAAAUAUUCAAUUACAAAGUUAAAGAACCAACGCUUCUAGGCAAAGCGCAGAGGGGCAUAGUUAUCAGCUCCAAAACGUUGACUGGUCACAAAGUCUCCGUUAUUGAAGGUAUGGAUGCAUUUAAAAGCAUUGGAGCGUCCCUCGAAUCACUGAUGACUAUUUCCAAAGGCUCCUCCACUGACCUAACGCAAAGCCUAGACGAUGUGACGCCUCAAAAUGACUCUCAAGAAAGUGUAGAACUUACUACGGGUUUUCUGGCUGAUAUAAGGAACAGAGCAAAACAGCUGCGUAAUAAAAAUCGACAGGAAAUGCAGUCCAUACAAGCGUCUGAUGAUAUAAUUAAGGAGAUUCUGACUACGGAAGUUGGAAUCAGGCGACCGUCCAACGGGAGGCGGUCACCUGUCGUAUCAGAGUUCGAUUCUGACACAGAAACGGAAAGCGAGGAGGGCACCGGCACUACUAAAUGUACGGCCGACGUUUGUGGCGAAAUAUUCGCUAGGCAGGUGCGAUUUCAAUGA